AUGCCAGCUAUUGUGGUACCACUGUCCGUGGAUUAUUUCUUUGAACCUUCUGAGGCACGAUGCUGUUUCAAAGGAAAGGAGGCCCUGAAAGAUUGUCACUUGUACACUGUCUCACAGGUAGCAAACAGCGGCGCCAUUUCAACAGAGGCUGAGAGAGAGAGGUUCAAGAGGGGCUCGAGCCCGCCGCCGCCGUCCCGCAGCGCCCCGCGCCUCACCUCGCCGAGUCCCCCUCCUCCCCGCCGAGGAGCAGCCAGCCACGUGCGCGCCCUGGGCUGCGCGCUCGCUCCCGAGCGGCGCAAGCGCGAGCUCGCCCCGCCCCCUCGCGGCCCGCCGUCUCCGCCCCUUUCCCUCCGGGGCCUCCGCGUGCUGCGCGCCGUUGCCACGCUCUCGGCCGGCGCCCGGGCCUCUCCGCGAGCCCGCUGCUGCCCUCUGGCAGAGGCCUGGGAGGACGCGGGUGAGCCGCUUGCCUGGCUUUGGAGUCCGACCAGUAAUCCCUUUUCCCGGGAGGUGCGUUGCGCGUCACCCGAGGCUCGCCGGGGCGAACUGACGAUUGAUCCCCUCCGGAGUGCCCUCCUCCGUGAGGCGGGCCGGGCGGCACUGCCCUGCUUUUGCGUUUUUAACAUUCUCACCCCUGUUGCAGCAGAGGAAACUGAGGCUACGGGGACUCCGCGGCCGCCUCCGGAAUCCGGGUGUUGGAGUGCUGCUCAUGGAUUUUCCAGACUGAAUGGUGUAAGGGGUGUGCAGGGUACGUUUUAUUCCGAUGCUUCUGGACAGUCGACGUUAUCUCCUUUGGAGAGAACCAGCCCCUCCUUUGGGCUUCAGAGGCCCAGACUGAGGCGCAAUGGUGAGAGGAUGUGGUGGUCCACUCUGAUGUCAAUCUUGAGGGCUAGUGCCCAGAAGUGCAUCCUGGACGAAUAUUUGUGAAAUGAGCGAGUAAAGGCAAAGGUAUGGAUGAAGUCACUCAGGCAAAAUGUAUAAGGUAAACAGAGAAGAUAUCCCAUCUUUGCUUUCACUGGAGGUUCAAGCACCUGAACAUGGCUUACAAGUAGGGUGACUGUAAGUUCCAAUUUGCUCAGGACAGUCCUGGUUUACUCCUACUAUUGUCCCCAUAUAAUUAGUGAUAUUGUCUCAUUUCACUCUCAGAAGUGUCUCAGUUUGUACAAUAAAUUAUAUGGUCACUGUUUGAAGGGUCAGGGUUAGGGGUUUAGGGGCUAGGGUUAAGGUUAGGGUUAGGUGUCUCAGUUUGUACAAUAAAUUAUAUGG